UUCAAAGCUCGUUAACUUGUUGUCUUGGCGCCGUGUUCGCGACAUGUCAACAAGAGAUUUAAAAAUGCUGAUAAUAAUCUAUAUUCGUGACGUCACCGUCAUGAAGACACCGUGACGGCGCACGGGUCCUCGUGCAGGUGAGAGGCAGGUUUUGUGCUACCUCCUCGACUCGAAAACUGAAAAGAUAUGAUGGACAACCUGGAUUUCUCAGAAGAGGAAAUCCAGGAGCAGCUGGCAGCCCUGGGAUACAGAAACAUACCGCAACACCGGCUGUGUGAAUUCAAGCAAGAUCUCGAUGACCUGGUCCGACGAGGGGAAUGGAAAAGCUUCGCCUCGCCGGCUCAGAUGGACGCUGCCAAACCUCAGGCGGCCGCACCUCAGCCGAGUCCACCGGCCUUCACCAAGGAGAAAGUUGGUCGCGGCUGCUUUGAAGGCUCUGCUGAAGGGUUCUUCUUGCGGGCCAGAACAGUGGACCACGACAGACCGGACCACGGCAGGCCGGACCACGACAGGCUGGACCACGGCAGGCCGGACCACAACAGGCUGGACCACGGCAGACCGGACAACAACAGGCUGGACCACGGCAGACCGGUGCUCACCGCCUGCCAGAACAGAGCCUACGAGCAGCAGCAGGGGUGCCGGGACUCGUACGCUCGACACUCGGUGGCUCUGAAUCUCCGGCUGCCUCCAGGUGCUCCCGGCAGGCUGCAGGUGGAGGAGGAUGAGGAGGAUGAUGAGGAGGACGAGGCGGAGGAAGCGGGACCAAAGGAAUACCUUCACCCGCCGCUGGCUGACAGCUGCGCGUCCACGCCCGACUCCCAUCGGGGACGAUUCACCAAGAGAAAAGUCCUCAGGAAACACAAAGGUGAAUCCCUCGUGUGUGACGAGUCCGUCUACAGUGAAGAAGCGAGCUCUCUGGAGGAGCAGCUGGCCGACCUCCACCUGUCGGCCCGCUUUGAGACGGAGAGCGACGGCGAGAGCGCCGCGACGGACGGAGUCUCCUUCAGCGCCUUUGAAUCCUACAUGAGGGGCAUGACUCGGACGCAGAGCGACGGCGACCUGCGGCCAAAACCCAAAUCCUUCAUCCGGCCGGCGAUGAGUCAGAGAAGCGUGAAGAAGACGGACCCGGUGGCCAAGUACUUCAAGUACAAGCAGCUCUGGGAAAUGUUUCAGCUUCCAGGAGAGAAAGACCGGAGAUCUCUCCGCUGGGAGAUACAGGAGCGCCUUGCGUACCGCCCUCCACCGGCCAAACCGCGGCGCGUCUUCGUGCCGAACUCCUACGUCGUGCCGACGGACAAGAAGCGCUCGGCGCUGCGCUGGGAGAUCAGGAACGACCUCGCCAACAGGCUCAUCCCACAAAAGUUCAGCUCGCAAUAAUUAGCCUUUUUAAGGCAACUGCAUUGUUUUUUUUACAUAAAUGUUGUUAUUUAUUGUUUUUCACAUAAUAAACGCAACCAGAACAUG